AUGAUCAUCUUGCCAAGAUACGAAGGCACGACGUUUCUGGUCCAAAAGCUCUUGGAUUUCAGGAUCAUUUUGAUCAAACCAAUCUUCAUUCACUCAUUUUUGCCCUUCAUCCGCAAGGCGAGUCUCACUCAGGGCAGCGAUGUCCACGUGAAAGCGAGUAAGCUCCCUGGCGACAAAAGCCGUGCGUCGUUCUGGGCGGUCACAAGCAUCUCUAUCUCUCCCGUCUCAGCAGCCCCAGGCUCAGCUCUGUGGACGUCGCAGAGGGACGGUGAGGUGAAGCUGAGGAUGGGUGAUUCAGGGCCGGCGGCUGAAGCUCCUCUCACCGUGAACCAGCUGUUCACACGUACCGUGGAGCGAUUCGGCGACCGGCUGGCGCUCAGCUGGAAAGAAGGAGAGGAAUGGAGGGAAAUGAGCUACAAAGAUUAUUACAAAGACUGUCGGACCGCUGCCAAGAGCUUCCUCAAGCUCGGCCUGCAGCGCUACCAUGGAGUCGGCAUCCUGGGCUGCAACUCUCCUGAGUGGUUCAUCUCUGACAUUGGAGCGAUUUUGGCUGGAGGUUUUGCUGUGGGCAUCUACACCACCAACUCCCCGGAGGCGUGUCAGUACGUUGCUGAGAACUCCCAGGCCAACAUCCUCGUGGUGCAGAACCACAAACAGCUGCAGAAGAUCCUGCAGAUCCAAGACAAGCUGCCUCACCUGAAAGCCAUUAUCCAGUACAAAGGCCCUCUGAAAGAGAAGAAACCAAACCUUUACUCGUGGGAGGAGUUUAUGGAACUGGGCUGCAAUGAGCCAGAUGCUCCACUUGAUGAUAUCAUCGCGUCCCAGAAACCCAAUCAGUGCUGCACGCUGAUCUACACUUCAGGAACCACUGGGCAGCCAAAGGGGGUCAUGCUCAGCCAUGAUAACUUGACGUGGACGGCGUUUACGGCAACUUAUACAGCCAACCUGUCAGAAUCAGCUCAGGAGGUGGUGGUGAGCUACCUGCCCCUCAGCCACAUCACUGCCCAGAUAGUCGACAUCUGGACCACUAUGAGGGUCGGAGGAGCCACGUACUUCGCCCAGCCUGACGUUCUCAAGGGCUCAUUGGUGAACACCCUGCGCGAGGUGCGUCCCACGGCGUUCCUGGGAGUUCCCAGGGUCUGGGAGAAGAUGCAGGAGAAGAUGAAGGCAGUAGAAGCCAAAUCGUCUGCUGUGAGACGGAAAGUGGUGUCCUGGGCCAAAAACGUGGGCCUGCAAAUCAACCUGAGCAAGCUGGAGCAGAACGGUGCAAUGACCCGCAUGCCUCUGAACUAUCGAUUGGCCAAGCAUUCAGUGUUCAGGAAAGUGAGAAAGGUGCUGGGGUUGGAUCGCUGCGCUCGCUGCUACACAGGUGGCGCACCCAUCACCAAGGACACGCUGGAGUUCUUCUUCAGCCUGGACAUCCCGCUGUAUGAGCUGUACGGCAUGAGUGAGAGCACCGGACCACACAGCAUGUCCCUGCCUGAGGCCUCCAGACUCACCAGCUGCGGGAAGGUAAUCGCAGGUUGCCAGACGAAGAUCUUUAACCCUGACUCAGAUGAAAACGGCGAGAUCUGCUUGUGGGGCCGUCAUGUCUUCAUGGGCUACCUGAACAUGGCCGACAAGACCAAGGAGGCACUGGAUGCAGACGGCUGGCUGCACUCCGGAGACCUGGGCAAACACGAUGAGGACAACUUUCUCUACAUUACAGGAUGCAUCAAAGAACUGAUCAUCACUGCCAGAGGAGAGAACAUUCCCCCAGUGCCCAUUGAGGGCAUGGUGAAGGAGGCUAUACCCAUCAUCAGCAAGGCUAUGCUAAUCGGGGAAAAGCGCAAGUUCCUCUCCAUGCUGCUCACCAUCAAGUGCCAGGUAAACAGUGAGACAGGUGCCCCAGAGGAUGAACUCACCCCUGAGGCUGUGGACUGGUGUAGAAAGUUGGGCAGCUCAUCCACACGGGUGUCGGAGAUCUGUGAGGGACACGACAGCCUUGUCCACACCGCCAUCCAGGAUGGCAUUAACAGCGUGAACAAGAGUACCAUGUCCAACACCCAGCUCAUCCAGAGGUUCACCAUCCUCAAGCAGGACUUCUCCAUCCCUGGAGGAGAGCUCGGUCCCACUAUGAAGCUGAAGAGGCCGGUGGUGCUGAAGAUGUACAAAGAGGAAAUCGAGAGCAUUUACAAAGAUGCUGUGACCCCAAACAACUCUGAGAAUUCGCUGCCUGCUAAAUAA